AUGACGGGGGUGGUGGUGGUGUCGACGGGGUGCAAGGGCGAGAGCGUGGGGAGGAAGAGGGCCGGCGGCGGGGAGGAGGCGGAGGAGCGGGAGCGGCAGCAGCUGUCGGUGCUGGCGCUGCUGCUCGCGGCCGUGCGCAGGUCGGUGGUGGCGUGCCGGGUGGAGCGGGAGCCGAGCCGCGUCGCCGGCGGCGGCGGCGGGUGGGGGGAGGAGGACGAGGAGGAGGACGCGGCCGCCGCGGCCGGGCUCGGGGAGAUGGAGAUCGGGUGGCCCACCGACGUCCGCCACGUCGCGCACGUCACCUUCGACCGCUUCCACGGCUUCCUCGGCCUCCCCGUCGAGUUCGAGGUGGAGAUGCCUCCCCGCGUCCCCAGCGCCAGUGCGAGUGUUUUCGGCGUCUCAGCCGAAUCGAUGCAAUGCACCUACGAUGGCAAGGGAAACUCGGUCCCCACAAUACUGCUGCUUAUGCAGGAGAGGCUGUAUGCUCAGGGAGGGCUCAAGGCCGAAGGGAUCUUUCGCAUAAACCCAGAGAAUGACCAAGAAGAGCACGUGAGGGACCAGCUGAACAGGGGAGUUGUUCCUGAGGACAUCGACGUUCACUGCUUGGCAAGCCUGAUUAAGGCGUGGUUCAGGGAACUUCCUGAAGGUGUGCUCGACAGCCUCUCCCCGGAGCAGGUGCUGCAAUGCAAUUCUGAAGAGGAAUUCCUAGAGCUUGUGACGCUACUGCGCCCCACUCCAGCGGCACUCCUCAAUUGGGCUGUUGAGCUAAUGUCUGAUGUUGUGGAAGAAGAGGAGCUAAACAAGAUGAAUGCUAGAAACAUAGCCAUGGUGUUUGCCCCCAACAUGACUCAGAUGUCAGAUCCUUUGACAGCCCUAAUGCAUGCUGUGCAAGUCAUGAACUUCCUGAAAACAUUGAUCUUGAGAACGCUUCGGGAGCGUGAGGAUCUAGCUGCCGGAGAUUACACUCCAUACUCAUCUCCAGCAUCUUCGGGCCAGCACUCUGAUGCCGAAUACUACGGCAGCGAGCGGGAGAUGAUGGACAGAAGCUGUGACCUGAGUGAUAUGCAUAGCCAGAUCAGCAAGUCCGGGGGACAGGUCGAUUAUCUCGUGAGGUACAAUACUUGUUUCGACAGCGAACAAGAAGGCGACCAUCCCCUCACAGAAGCUGAAGAAGAGUUCUUGGAUAAGCUGGAAAGCACAAUAGAAGAUGAUAGACCAGGGGGAAGCACAAGCAAACAGCGCGAAGUAAGCUCAGAAACGAUGGCGAUGGAGGACGUUCAUCCUGAGCUGAAAUCAGAAAUCGAGGAAUUGGAUGACAUACAAGAAGUAGAAGGUGCCGAGUUAAAAUGAUAAAAGGUUGUGUUCUUCGGCGGUGGUAGAUCUUGCCAUUUCACUCUAAUGGAUUGUGUUGUCAACAUCUGGUUGAAAUAUGUUGCUUGUAGUGCCCGAACUAAACCUUGCUGGCCAUGUGGGUCAUUCAUAUUUUCCCUGCCCUAGGACACCAGCAAGAUUCACUGAUAUAUGGUCAUCGGUACUGUAUGGAAAUGAUCUCAUCAGUGUGUAUUCAAUGUUAUUAUGUCCA